GACCGUACUGCACCAGCUGCUGGUGCGGCACAUAUCCAGGAUAUCGCGCUCCAAACAUCCUCACCUGAUGCUGCGCCGCACCGAGACCGUCAUGGAAAAAGCUGCUCACAAACUGGAUAUCCGUCUGCCUCUACGGGCAUAUCCGGGAUCGGCUGUCCUCGCCGCUGUACCUGCUAACUAAGGCCAUCAAGCACCAGAUGUCGUGCGGCCCGGUGGACGCCGUCACGCUGGAGGCACACUACAGUCUGGCCGAGGAGAGGCUGCUCCGGCAGCAGGUCGAGCACAACAGCGUGACGCUGCUGGUGACCACUGAGGAGACUCCGUACGAGCGGAUCCCGUGUAACGAGUACCAGGGCCAGCCCCGGCUGUACGAGGACGUCAGUCACAAGGUCAAUGUGCACGCGCUCGACUGCGACUCCAUCAGUCAGGUCAAGCAGAAGGUCAUUGACGAGGUGUUCUGCGGCCUGCCCGCCUCGCAGCGGCCCAGCCACCACUGCGUCGCUUUAGAGUGGUACCGUGCGGACGGUCAGCGGACUCUGCUGGCCGACGAAGACGCCACCAGCAAAGCUGUAGACGGGUGGAGGCAGAUCAACACCCUCUCCCACUACGGCAUCUCAAAGAUUGCCACCAUGUACUUGGUUCAGGCCAGGGAAACAGUGCGGACCAAGAAGUACCACACACCCGGCUCCACGAACAGUUUCUCCCUGCCGUCGGCCCUCUCUCCGCUGGUGAACACCAACAUCUACGUGCGGCCGGGCGCCGAGAUCAAGGUGUACCACCUGGUGCGACCGGAGGGGCCGGCCGGCGGCGGCGGCAGCGGCGGCGCUGGCCAGGAGACGGCCGCCCGAGCCGUGCCGGAGGUCUUCCUCACCCGGCUGCUCGCCACCAAAGCCAUGCUGCAGCGCUUCAUCGACGAGAUGAUGUCGAGCCUGUUCGUGCUUGACGACGAGCCUCCGGCGGUGGUCAAGUGGCUGUUUGAUGUGUUGGACGAGGAGGCCGAGAGGGAGGGCAUCGACCACCCGGAGAUCCUGCACGCAUGGAAGGCCAACUGUUUGCCGCUGCGUAUGUGGGCCAACCUGAUCCGGCGCCCGGAGCUGAUAUUCGACCUGGACAAGUCGCCGGCCGUCGAGUCCAGCCUGACUGUGAUAUCUCAGAGCCUUGUGGAGGCGUGCCUGCCCACGCCCCACACCAUCUCCAAAAACUCGCCGUCGCAUAAACUCGUGUUUGCCAAGGACAUCGGCCGGUGGCAGUGCUCGGUGGGCGAGUAUUUCGAGUCGGUGCGAAGCCGUCCACCGGUCAGUGACCAGGACCUGAGUGUGUUCCUCCAGCAGCUGUCCCGCAGCCAGGCGGCUCAGUUUGACGCGAUCGCCGCCCUCAAGGAGCUCUACAUCUACAUCAACAAGUACAGGGAAGAGAUCGCUGAGGCACUGGACAACAACCCUGCUUGCCAGCAACUGUUCUUGUCCAACCGUCUUUCAAACAUAGCCGCCAGCUUAGAGACGCCAAUCUGCUGAGUGCGGUCACCACCGCCCUCGGGCGACUCGGCAGCGCAGCGGAUGGCACGGGCCUUGCUUCAUUUCCCCGCGCGGAGCUGAUAACGCCCCAUAUCUCUGUGUUUGUGCACAAUUCAGGCGUGCGGCCGCGCUGGCACUGUGCAGCUUCGACCAGCAAUAGCAGCCGCUCUUGGUUGGCUGCCGUUUGAUGGCUGUCGGCUGCCGCGAGAUGGCCGUCGACUGCCGCUCGACGCUCGUUGGCCGCCAGGGCCUGUGUGACAGGUGGCGCCACCUGCUCAGUCGGCCGGUCGCUAGUCGGAUCACCAGUUCGCCUUGUGGAGGGUAUCAGGGUCGUGCUGAAGUAACUAGUCACGGCGUGGCAUUUGCCGGCCGGCGUCCCGUGGCUUGAGACGCAUGGUGUGACGUCACUGCACGCACUUACCUCCGCCUUGAGUCGCAUCGAUUUGUCGCGGCGUUGGCGAUGAGUGUUGUCAAGCAAAUGCGAAUUUUGUAUAACGACCGCGUUGUUAUUACUGAAAUAA